UAAUAGAACUUAAGUCCUACUUGCUUUAUGAGAAAAUAACAUACGACAAUAAAACUGUUUGGAUAUGGCUGAUCUGUUUUUAAGAAACGCACCGAUCCAUUGACUUAGUUUUCAACCCCAGGGUCCACGAGAAAAUUUAAUUAAAUCAACACACGUAUUCCAACAAAUUGACACACGUUUCAAAAAUUACUACAUUUUCUUGGAAAGCGAUUGCGAUCCGAUCUAAUUUUGCACUACUGGUAAUUUGUGAAAUCAAAAGUGAAAGUAUGGAAGAAAAACGGGAAAGUGAAGUGAAAACUAAAACUUGUUCUAAAAGUUUUUCCAUUGAGUCGAUAUUGUCUAGUGAUAACAAAAGGUCUUCAGCUGAAGAACAAACGUUUCCGACGGAUAUUAAUACGAAUCCUUUAGGGAAAAUAAAUGAAAUCGAGAACGAAUCCGGUACUUUCCCUGUAAAUAACGAUGUUCAGUUCAUGAGUGAAGAAAUGGCAAAGGAGUGCGAAGGGGACGAUUCAGAAGAUGGGCGCAAUUUUAUGGAAGAUAUAUCUUCGGAUUUCAAGACAGACGAUGAAAGAAAGAAAAGGCCCAGAACUGCGUUCACAGCAGCUCAAAUUAAAUCAUUAGAAGCAGAGUUUGAGAAAAAUAAAUACCUGUCCGUUGCCAAAAGAAGCCAGUUAUCUAAGACACUUAAACUUACUGAAACUCAGAUAAAAAUAUGGUUUCAAAAUCGAAGAACUAAAUGGAAGAGGAAGUAUACAAACGAUGUAGAACUCUUAGCUCAGCAAUACUAUAGUUCAAUGGGGAUCUUGGUUCCACGGCCAAUUUUCAUUGGAGAUAGAUUAUGGUUCUUCAAUAAUCGUGGACAACCAGCUGUUCCUAGUGUUCACCCUUUAAUGCCAAAUAUUGUGCCCUUACCGGCACCCCCGACAACACAAAUGAUCUCCCAAGUGCCCCCCACAACGUCAACGAGCUCUCACAAUCAGCAGGGAUAUUUAAAUUACCAGGACACGUCGUUUCAGGAAAUGCCGCCCAUUCUUCAGCUUCAGAACUUCGGAAGGCAAUUUGAAACAACAUGAUCUCGAAGAAAAAGACUCUCGAUUUAUUGUAUCGAUACUGUGUAAAUGUAAGUACGUAUUAUUCUUCGUAAAAAAAAAUAUUUCAUCGAUUAACGGCAAAAAUACUUAAGAAAUUACGAAUUCUAUGUGAUAAGGUCUUAUUUUGUUUCUAAUAAACGAACAAAAAUGAAA